CUCCCCCCUGCACCCCAUUCGAACCCCAAAGAGAUAAGAGAGCAAAACGCAUCCACACAACCCAAGAGAGAAGGAAGGAAGAGAGCAGUCCGCAGGUUCGUUCUUCAGUGCGUAGUGCUGAUUGUUUGAGCAAUAACUUGAGAUUGACUCGUCCAAUUAAGGCGUAUAAGAUACCAAAAGAAAGCUCUCAAGACGAGGAAUCUGUGAAAGUCUGGUUUGCAUCAAUCUGAGUAGUGAAAGACUUCCAAAUCGUCCGAGCAAAACACAACCUCGCAGGAACGGAUUUACUCUCCUAAAGAAACGAGUUAACCGGAAAACACCCAUUCUAGGGGCCGUUUUCGUAUCAACGAUUAGGGGUUGAACUUGCACUUUGAGGAGGCUGUUUAACACUCAAUUCCAAGCAAGGAAUCAGUUCUCAAACCUUCUUGGCCGAGGCUUUGGUCAUUGGAGCGAGAAGGAAGGUUUUAAAGCUCAUUUGAGCACUUUAUAGCCCUAUAGAGUGCUGACCCCUUCGGGGGCGUCCCACUACCAUUUUUCAGGUUGAGGCUAGAGCUUGCUUCCUGUGCUCGUUGUUCGAGAGAUCAUCUAGGAGGGAAGACUUGAAAUGGACGGUGGUGGCAAGGUUACGAGAAGGAACCCGACGGGCCGUGCACCGGUGGCGACCGGGCAGGGAAGCCGUGGGACCUCGAGAGUGUCUAGAGGGGCGAGCCGUGGAGGCCGAUCGCACACUGUGAGCGACGGUCAUGUUGACACCGAGGAUGAAACCUACUGGUCCUAUGAGGACUCGACUUACCAACCGGAAACCGAGCCGGUUGAGACCCCUUACGAAGGGGAUGGCGAUGAUGUAAGUGAUGAAGAAGGGGAGAAUGACUCCCUAGCAAGAAUUGAGGCGCUGCUCUAGCAAUAUCAGCGGGAGCGCGAGGAAAGGAGGGACCGCCGAAGGCGCCGGGGAGGGCGAACUUCGGGUGGGGCUUCAAGAGGAAGAAUCCAUGGCGACUCUAGGGCCCACAUUGAACCACAUGGGGGCCGGGGUGAUGGAGGUCCAAUCAUAAGGAUCUCAAAAUUUCUCAAGGAGGCGAGAGACUUGGGGUGCAAAACCUUCAACGGAGCAGUUGACAUCUCGAUCGCCGCAGAAUGGAUCAAGAGGUUGAACGAAGCAGCCCUUGAUAUGCAACUCACCCCCGAAUUUAAACUAAGGGUGGCGGUGAGAUUGCUUGAAGGGACGGCAUCCACAUGGUGGGAUGGAGCCAAGGGAAAGUAUGGCAGGACCGUGACUUGGGAGAAUUUCCGACAGGAGUUCUUUGCCCAAUACUAUUCUGAUUUUGAGGCGAACACUAAGAGGAGAGAGUAUACCCUCCUGACCCAAGGUGGCAAAAUGACGGUGAGGCAACUAGAACAUAAAUUGAGGGAGCUCGCGGAGUUCAUACCGGAGUAUGUCUGUGACGAGAACAGGAUGGUAAAUCACUUCUGGAAUGCCUUAGACUUGGAGGUGCGUGAGAGGGCAACACAGUUGCCUAACAUGACCUUUAUCCAGGUGGUCGAGCAGGGAUUGAAAGGAGAGAAGGAAUGGGAAGAAAGGAAGUUGAAAAACGCCGAAGAGGCGAAGAAGAGAAAGUGGGAGAACCAUGGACCUCAGAGUCCUAACAAAAAGAGAAACCAUGGAGGAGGAUAUUUUCGGACACCCCCACUACCAUCUAGGGGAAGUCAAGGCCCGGGCAGGCAAUCACAAGCCUCAGGGGUGACUCGUUGCAAGAAUUGCAAGAGGAACCACCUGGGGAAAUGUCGUGACCCUCCUAGAUGCUACCAAUGCGGGAGCACCAGGCACAUGAAGAUGAGUUGCCCACAACUGGGCGGAACGAGGGCAUCAGAACCAAGUAGCGGGGCUACGGGGACGAGAAACCAAGCCCGGGGUUCCCAAUUAACUAGGGGGCAUGGAGGAGCAAGCACGAGCAACGCACCAUCGGUGAAUCAAGAAAGGACUCAAGCUAGAGUCUAUGCGAUGACGGAGGCGGAUGCUCAAGCUAACCCAGAUUUCGUUGCAGGAAGCAUGCUUGUUGGGGAUUUGGAUCGCGAUCAGAGUGCGAGCCGUAGCAUACAAGAGACGACGGAUGUUGCUAAAAAUAAUGGACAAAUGUGGAGGCAACAUGAGCAAUGAGUAGAUGGGGAGUGGUGAAGGGCUGAACAAGGGAGAAGACAGAUCGACGGUUUUCCCCCCUCCUGAGCCGCCGCCUGGGUCUGCUUGCAGGUUAUUUCCCGCAAUAACCCUUCGGAUAAGCUACCUCCCGGUACACUAUCCAUCACCCCGAUGGAGAUACUUGAAGAUUUACUGUAUGUAGUGCAACCGGUGAUGGUUAUGGACCGAUAAACAAAGAAGAUGAGGAGCAGGGCUGUCCAAUGCUAAAAGUGUUUUGAAAAAAUAACCGAGUCGAGGAAGAAACGUGGGAGAUCAAAGCCUCGAUGAAAGAGCAACUCCCAUUUCUCUUUGAUUAGUCAAGUGGAUUUCAGGGUCGAAAUCCCAUUUUAGGGGGGUAAACUUGUGCCAUCGUCCCCCGGGUGUAAAAUUUUUGUCGGUUAAAUGUAAUAAAUUUGAAAGUGUGACGAAUAAAGAUGGAUAAUUCAUUCUGCUUA